AAAAAAGGAAAAAACAAAGAAAAAAAAGAAAAGGAAAGCGCUCGCUCGCUCGCUCUCUAGAAUAACAAAAUACCUGAUCGUAACCAAAUAACAUCCUUCAGACAAAAUCAAGCAGAGACUUGACAUACCAAAAAGGCAAGGCGAGGAGAGCGAGCCAGGGCGCGGGGAAGGCGAGCCAAAGCCGCGAUCGCUGCCAGGGCAGGACAGCAGCAUGUCAAGCGCCGGGGCACACACGGAUGAGCGCUGCCGGCAGCCUGCCUUCCUCCCCGGCCCGCCGCCGCCGCCAGAAGUUGAGAGUAGCAGCGGCAGCGCCAAGGUGCAGAGGAUGUGUGCGGCGAGGCGGAUGCUGCUGCUGCUGCUGGCUUUCCUGGCCUACGCGCUGGAUUCGGCCGCGGCGUACGGCACGGCGGAGACCCUCUGUGGCGGGGAGCUGGUGGACACGCUGCAGUUCGUCUGCGGGGACAGGGGCUUCUACUUCAGUAGACCAGUGGGACGAAAUAACCGGCGGAUCAACCGGGGGAUUGUGGAGGAGUGCUGCUUUCGGAGCUGCGACCUGGCUCUGCUGGAAACCUACUGCGCCAAGUCCGUCAAGUCCGAGCGCGACCUCUCCGCCACCUCCCUGGCGGGCCUGCCGGCGCUCAGCAAGGAGAGCUUCCAGAAGCCCUCACACGCCAAGUACUCCAAGUACGACGUGUGGCAGAAGAAGAGCUCCCAGCGGCUGCAGCGGGAGGUGCCCGGCAUCCUGCGGGCUCGCCAGUACCGGUGGCAGGCGGAGGGGCUGCAAGCGGCCGAGGAAGCUAAGGUGCUGCACCGUCCUCUCAUCUCCCUGCCCAGCCAGAGGCCCCCGGCGGUGCGAGCCUCCCCCGAAACGGCUGGCCCCCAGAAAUGAACCCUGACCAGCCGUCUCGAUUUUUGAUCUCCCGGGGGAGGGCGGGAGGACUGGCAAAACCCGGCCCCCGAGCCCCUCCGUCCCCGGGGCCGCCGAGCCGAGGAGCGGGGCGGCGGGGCACCCUCACGCCGCUCCGGCCCCAACCAAACAACUGACACAGCAAGGAGGGGAUGGCAGCGGCCGUGGCGGCGGCAGUGAGCAGCGCCGCUCCCGCGGCA